AAUACAUCUCAUCAUGUAUGGAAGAGAUCAAACAAGAGCUCAGGCAGGAAAAUUCUGCAGUCAAAGCUAAUGCAGUGGCUAAGCUGGUGUAUCUGAACAUGCUGGGUUAUGACAUCAGCUGGGCAGCUUUUAAUAUCAUUGAGGUGAUGAGCUCUCCUAAGUUUACCUUCAAACGAAUAGGAUACCUAGCUGCAGCUCAAAGCUUCCACGAAGGUACAGAUGUACUCAUGCUCACUACUAAUAUGAUUAGAAAGGAUAUUAACAGUGUCAGCCAGUAUGAAGCAGGUAUCGCCAUGGCAGGGCUUGCAUGUUUCACUUCCCCUGAUAUUGCCAGAGAUCUGGCCAAUGACCUCAUGAGUUUGAUGGCAUCUACAAGACCCUAUAUCAGGAAGAAGGCAGUGCUCCUUAUGUACAAGAUUUUCCUCAAGUUCCCUGAUGCCCUCAGACCUGCCUUCCCAAGACUGAAGGAAAAACUUGAAGAUCCAGAUCCAGGUGUCCAGUCUGCAGCAGUCAAUGUCAUCUGUGAGUUAGCUAGAAAGAACCCUCGCAAUUACCUAUCUCUAGCUCCACUAUUCUUCAAACUAAUGACAUCAUCUACUAAUAACUGGAUGCUUAUCAAAAUUAUUAAACUGUUUGGUGCCCUCACACCGUUAGAGCCUAGACUUGGAAAGAAAUUAUUAGAGCCCCUCACUAAUCUCAUUCACAGUACUUCAGCUAUGUCCCUGUUGUAUGAGUGCAUCAAUACAGUCAUAUCUGUUUUGAUUUCGUUGUCUUCAGGAAUGCCCGAUCACUCUGCAUCGAUUCAGCUAUGUGUGCAGAAACUGAGGAUUCUAAUUGAAGAUUCAGAUCAGAAUUUGAAAUAUUUGGGUCUCUUGGCCAUGAGCAAGAUCUUGAAGACGCACCCCAAGUCAGUCCAAAGUCAUAAGGAUCUUAUCUUAGACUGUCUAGAUGAUAAAGAUGAAUCUAUCAGAUUAAGAGCCCUUGAUCUUCUCUAUGGCAUGGUUUCUAAGAAGAAUCUGAUGGAGAUAGUGAAGAAGCUGAUGAUUCACGUUGACAAGGCAGAGGGAUCGAUGUACAGGGAUGAGCUUCUAGCCAAGAUACUAGAGAUCUGUAGCCAGAAUAACUACCAGUACAUCAUCAACUUUGAGUGGUAUGUGAGCAUCUUGGUAGAGCUGACAAGGAUAGAAGGUACUAAACAUGGUCACCUGAUUGCAUCUCAAAUGCUGGAUGUAGCAAUCAGAGUCAAAGCUAUCAGACCAUUCGCUGCACGACAGAUGGCUACCCUACUUGAAAACACUCACCUACUGAUUGGUACUGCAGCACAGAGGAACGGUAUAUGUGAGGUGCUCUAUGCUGCAGCAUGGAUAGUAGGGGAAUUCCCUGAAUAUCUGACGCAGCCUCACACAACCCUGGAGAAUAUGCUUAAACAUAGGGUGACUGUACUACCAGGCCAUAUACAGGGUAUCUAUGUCCAGAACAUCCUGAAGCUUUAUAGCAACAUCCUAGUAAAGAUGGAGGAGGAUGAGAGCAAGGAAGAUGUAGCCAGGGUCACCCAGCUACUUAUAGAAAAGCUACCAUCGUUUGCUGAGAGUGCUGACCUUGAGGUUCAAGAACGGGCAUGCUGCACCUUACAGCUGUUAAAGUAUGUCAACAAGCUCCUUGAGAAAGAUGAGUGUGUAGCAACAGACCUAGCUGAUCUCUUUGUAGGGGAACUCAAUCCUGUAGCACCAAAGGCUCAAAAGAAGGUUCCUGUACCAGAAGGCCUGGAUCUUGACAAGUGGAUCAAUGCUCCUCCAUCUGAUAGCUCUGAUGAAGAGGUUACCAUAGAUACCAUGUUUAUCCAUGAUGCUCACAGGGUCAACCAUCAGAAGGUAGUUUAUGAGGAACUAGAUGAAGAGGAGCUUGAGAAGCGUAGAGAAGCUCGACGUGUUGAACAGGCUAGUAACCCACAUUACCUCAAGGACAAUCGCAGCUCAAAGAAGAAGAAGCUUAAAGACCUUGCUGCAGAGAAUGAUGGUGUUACUAACAAUAUUCCUGUGGCACAGAUUGACCUUAGUGUGCCUCUACACGUCCCAGGCAUGAAAAAGGGCCGGCCUAAGCCCCCAGCAUACGACGAUAUUCCAGAUGUGGAAGAUGAAUUUAAUCAGACCUGCCGCCUUUUAGGUGGAACAAGUAGUAGUUACAAACCAUCUCUUCCUGGCUAUCCAUCUUGGGUUAAUCUGACAGAUCAGUACAUGCAGCAAUCCAAGCCUGGUAGCAAGAAGAAACACAGGAAGCAUAAAAAGGGCAAGAGAGGGCGCCAUACAUCUGUAUCCAGUGAUGACAUUCCAGUUGCUCACCAUGUGGACAUUGUUGGAGAAGAAAUGCCAGAGGGGGCUGUGCUAUCAGAUCAUGAAGAAGAUACAAGAGCUCUAGAUGAUCCUCAUAGAGCAUUGGACAUUGAUUUAGAGAGGCCACUGGAUGAGAGUGACCGUCUCCCAGUGAGGGUGCAUCGGAACGCACCUGAACUGACCACCACACAGGAGGAAGUAGAGGUCAGCAAACUCCAAGAUAAACCAAAAAAGAAGAGAUCAAAAGAAAAGGAGAGAGAAAAAGAGAAAACUAAGAAAAUUUCCAAAGAGAAGAAAAAGAAGAAGACUAAGUCAAGUAAAACUGAAGAAGGAGGAGCUCCAGCUGACCAGGAUCUAAUGGGAGAAGAUACAGAGGAGCCUACAGUCAAUGGUGCAAAGGAAGAAGCUCCUUCUACCUCUCCCUCUAAGGAACCUAUCAAGGCUCCUGCUGAACCAGCGGUGGAUGAUCUAAGCUUCUGGUUAUCCCAAGAUACAUCCCAAGUCACACCCAUUCAAACCCCAACCCCCACCCCUACCACCAAUGGACAGGGUUCCCUGCAAAGUUCUAUUGUAGACCAGAAGCCCUCCAAGAAACAUCGCAAGGACAAGAAGGGAAAGAAGGAUAAAAAGAAGAAGAAAUCAAGCAAGGAGAAUUAUGAAGCAGUAGGAGAGAUAAAAGACAUCUCAGUAGAACAAACACCAGAUCCAAUCAUUCCUGCCAUGUCAAGUUAUAGGCUUCUUGCUGAGAAUGAGUCUAUUAAGAUGACAUAUGAGACAAGGGUAGAUCCAAAGCAGAACUCUCAAGUGGUCAUCUCUGUCAUCUUUGCCAAUCUUACUUCAUCACACCUCAAAGCUUUAGAAUUCAACGUUCUUGAUUCUCUCAACACCAAGCUUAUACGAGAGGCUGGAGCAUCACAGCAUGAUGGAGUGAAUGUUCCAUUCCAGCUUCCUCCAGAAGCAUCUAAUGAAGGACAGUUUGCAUUCACCAUCCAUGCUAUCACCAUGCCACAAAAACUCAAAGGAACACUCACUUAUAUGGUCAAGGAUGAUAAAGGCUCAACCAGCGAGAAGAUAGAUUUCAAAGUUAAUCUUCCAGUCUCUGCAUAUAUGCUAGCCACACCAUGCAGCAGAGAGCAUUACUCUGAACUUCUUGGAAAGGGCGAGUUGUCAGCCAAGAACUCAUUCAGCACAGCCCCUUGUUCUGUAGACUUUGCUAUUGUCCUUGCUCGUGUCUGUUUCUUCUCUCACAUGGCGGUGGUAGAGAGGGUUGAACGUACUGCAUCCUUGUUUAGCUGCUCUAUGAAGGGACAUCAAGUCUGUGUGCUAGUCAAGACUAUGGAUGGUGGAGGUAUUUCAGUGGAUGGAAAGUCUAAUGAUUCCAGCUUAUUGUCCAACUAUCUAGAUGAAAUCAAAGCAACCAUUGUGGAAUCAUAGGACAGAAGGCUUCACCAAAAUAUAUGUAAUAUUAUACUUUAACAAGUCUCUCAUCUUGUGAAGAUAUUAUCAGAACAUUUCCAGUACUGAACUAGGGGUCUGUUUCAUAAAAUGGUGGACUUACCAUGGAAACUUGGUUAUGAUUGGUUGCUCAGCCUUGUUUACAUGUUAAUUACCAUAAUUACAAGGUUUUCAUAAUCGUAAGUACUUUAUGGAACUGUCUAAGAAUAUCAGCAUUCAUUCUGAACCUUGUUUUAUUGAAAGCUAACAUGUAAGAAAUUAAACUAUAUGUAAACCCGCCCUAAAAAUGCUAAGAGCAGAUCUGUAUUUGAAUUGAAUUUGGUGAAUAAUGCAGCAAAGUAUUACUGUCAAUAUUUAAAAGCAGACGAGAUACAAUAUGUUAAUGUACUUACUGUUAAAAGAUUGAUCUGCCUGUAUUGUAAUAUAUGUGCAGAGCUGCCAAGUAGUACGAUUUUUCCGUAUUUAGUACGUUUUUGCAACCAAAAUACGGCAGUACGUUUUUUCUUUAAAAAAUACAUGUUUUUUUUUUUUUUUAAUCUUAAUUUAUUGAGAAAAAUCAUCUCUAUAUGUCUCUAUUUCAUAAAACGUACACAAAUAUUGUUAUUAGAUCAAUGUAAUUUGAGGAAACUUGUUUUUUUUUUCAAUCAUUUUGUAAAAACCAGGGUGAGAUAUACACAAGUUUCAAUGUUUUUUUUGUUUCAUCUGCAAGAGCAGUGCACAUUUUAGCUUGCAUGCAGCUUGAGCGCCGUGAUGGGCGAGUGCGCUAAGCAUUUUAUUAUGAAAUACACUUUUUUGGGGAAAUAUACAAAAUAUUUAUCUCACACGGUAAAAAUACUGAUUUUUUUGUCAAAAUACUGAUUUUGGGGGAUAAGAAUACUGAAAAUGCAAAAUACAACUUGGCAGCUCUGUAUGGGUAUUCGGUUGAUAUGGGACUAGUGUUAUUACAGGUCACAUGUUCUGAAUGAAGUUUGCCCAUUGGUUAAUGAUCCUUGUGUGUCAUGUCUAUGGCUUGGAUUUACCACUAUUGAAGGCUGCUUAUGAAUGAGUGCAAGUACUUGUACUGGAUGGAUAAUAUAGGCUUUAUAUUGUUUCUUCUUCUUUGUGUUUUUUCUUUAAGAUAGCCUCCUUCCAAUUCAAUUCAGCUCAAGGUUUAUUAAAAAAACAUGAAGCCAAAUGGCUGAAUUGGUCGUGUAUGCAAAGUAUAAACAAUUAAUAGACUCAUUACAUAUUUCAAACAUUGAAAAUAGUAACAUUUGCAUAAAUACUGAGAUAAGAAAUAUGUAUGUAAAAGGCAAGACUAAAAAAAGGCAGUGGAAAUGAAUAUACAUGAGAUAAUGAGGAAGUGGUUAAAUAAAGAGGAACAAUUCUCAUACAUGAAUAUUUUUGCAGAUAAUUUUAUGUACAUUCAUACUAUCCCAAUAUUCAAAUACCUUUUUGUGAAGUUUGCAUUUCAUAAAUCAUAUGUAUGUUACAUGUAUGAUAUCUCCUUCGUCUGCAUAAAUGGAUUAUUUAUCAGUUCCUUUCAAUAUUUACCAGGUUACAGUGCCCAUAAGGAGAGAUGAUUUUUUAAAAAAAAUUGGUUAUUGGUAAAAUAAUUUAUCUUCUGUAAAGCCCCUUUUACACCUUCAAGGAUGCACCACGGACCAUCACGGAUGUCAGUCCGUGAUGAUCUGUGGUGCAAAACUGAUAUUUUUCAACCAUGGCCGGAGUGAAUACGGAUUUAAAUGGGUAUUUACAGGGAAACGUAUGGGAAAGUACGGUUUCUUCAAGGAUAGACAAGGUAGCACUAGGGAUCUGCUUGAUAAGCUACCGGGAGUCAACACGGAAUACACGGAUCUUACUGGGUCCUUACACAAACCUUCAGGGAGGCUACGGUCUCUACUGGGAUAUCUCUAGAGCAUUAGCCAAGAUUGAAGUUUCUAUUCUUUUUGCAAUGGCUGAAGUGUACACAUACAUGGCCAUGAACACAGACUUUUGUUCAUGUACGCAAACAAUGGAAAAAUUAGACCCGGAUAAAGCCAGUAUGAACAAGGACCUCCCGGUUCCUACAGGAAGCCUCCCGGAUGCAUUCGGUAGCUUCAUGAAUGUAUAGGGUGGCUUACACGGAUGGACCCGGAUGGUUUCCAUCCGUGUACUCUGGGAUGAAAAAUUGAACAUGUUCAAUUUUUCUCCCGGAUGUGCCGGUACAUCAAGGAUGGCACCGGUAAUGCCGGACUGUACACGGUAAUGCCGGACUGUACACGGAUGACCCUGGAUCGGCAAUCCGGGAUGAUCCGUGUUGCUUCCAUGAAGGUGUAAAAGGGGCUUAUAAGAUUUUUGUUAUUGACAGACUGCUGAUUUGUUUGAAUUCAUUUUUAAAAGCGUAUUGUGUACUUGCAGUAGUGUCUUCUUUGUAGUACAUGUAUGUUAAUGAGUGGUAUACCAUACAAGUAUAUGACAGGUUUGUCAAAGCAGCUCAUAUUAAAAAGGUGGUUGUUCUGUUUUAUUCCUUUUAUACAGUAUACAUGUGUAAGGUUCAUGUACUAUUGUAUCUCAAAGAUAAGGGAAUUAGGAAUGCAAAUAAGGUGACAUAAAUAUAUAUACCUAAAAGUUGUGUGAUUGUGGUGCCAAAAAUUAAAAUUUAUUAAGAAGAUACUUGUAUUGCCUAGAGCUUUAUAUACUCAUUGGGUAAGAAUUCUCUACUAUCUUUCAUUGGCUUCAGUCAUAUGAAAAAACAACAACAUAUAAUUGAAAGUGAGAACACUUUUUUUGACUUUUGAAUAAAUAGACUCAUAAGCUGAUGAGACCCCCUAAAAAACACCUUCUAAAAACAAACUGCUUGUAGCAUAACUACCAAAACACUAUACCCAAUAUGAUAGUUUCUCCUCUGACAGUGUUUAUACACUGGUGGCUUCAUUUUUUAGAAAGAGAGAAGUGACCGGGUCAGGCAGUCAAUUGAUAUAUCUACUCAUUAAAAAGAAAUUAUUCUAAACAUUGUCUUUUAGUCUUGCUGACAAUAAAUCCAUUAGAUGUCUUCAGUUUAUUUAUCCUUUUUGCAGUGCUUCUUUUUUUCACAGAAAUUUCUCUUAACUUUCAUAACCCAAAAUGAAUUCUGCAAUGAAGCAUGCAUAAUUAAAACCAAAUGUUUUAUGUACAAAAUAUUCCUAUUACUCUUAUAUUCUGUUUCCUUUAUUCAAUGGAAGUCUGAACUGUUCUAAUAUUCAAUUUAAUAGCUAACAAUCCUGACAAUUUUCCUUAUUCAUUGAUGUAUUAUUAUUGUGAGAAACUUGCAAUCUGCACUAUCUUGCUCCUGUUCUUAUGAUACAAAAAUCAGUCUAUUUGAUACAAAAACUAAUCAUAAUUAUCUUCAUUGUAUGACCUUGCUGUUUGAAAAUAUUCUUUCUUUCAUCUUACAUGUUGAUUAUUAAUUAGAGGGCCCUGUGACACAAAGCUUUGCAAUUAAUCAUAAAUGGUAAUGGCCAAUCAAAAUCAUUGUUCCAUGUGCUCUUUCUUGCAAUUAAUCAUAAAUUUGUAAUGGCCAAUCAAAAUCAUUGUUCUAUGUGCUCUUUCUUCAACAUAUUAACUAUUAACCUUUUUUUUUUUUUUAAGUUGUUGCCAUUUGAUAGCAAAUGCUCUGUAUUACAUGGGCCCUGACUUCUGUUGUAUACUGACAUGUUGAUAUAUUGUGCAUAGUUUUAUCAUGUUCUAAUAAUAAAAUUAUGAUAUUAUUUGGGUUGAUGUUAAACUACUAAAUCGUGCAAUAUAGGGCAUAUUUGUUGCACAUCUAGAAUUGAUUUAGAAUUUGACAUUUCUGAUAUGAUAAUGAUAAGAAUUACUUUGUGCAUGUCACAUUUAGGACUAUUUUAGAGUUUUGUAUUGUACUUGUAUUUAAUGAAAAUAAAUGUAUUAUUUCAGUUUUGGGCAUCUUUACUAUUAUGAUAUUUAAAAAAAUUGAUUUUUUUGUUUUACAGCUUUUAUCAUCUGCUGAUAAUAGGGAUGGCAGUGAUAGAACAUCUACAUCAUUAUUGCUGUUGAUAGCAAAGUUACCAUUAAUUAUACAUAUAAUUCUUGCAGCAGGGCCAAUAAAGAUUAUUUAUGACAA